AUGAUGAGCGAUACGAAGGAGGCUCGCGAAGAAGCUUUAGGCUCGUCCGCGUUGAAAUAUUCUGCAGAUGAGAGAUUAUUUGCUAUAAAAGCUACAUCUUUUUUCAUCGAUCAACAAUAUGAAAAAUGUUUCGAUCUGAUGAAAAGACUUUCUAGCACACGAUUAGAUGACCCUAAGAUUCAAUCAGCUGCUAAAAUUUUUUGCGCUCCCCUUCCCGAUGAAGGGUCGCUUGAACAAACCUCGUCAGCCUUCCUUGACACGAAGUCUGCAGCAGGAGAAAUUCGCGAGCAGUCCAACGCUACAUUUGUUACGAGCUCUCGAACCACUAUUGCCAUAACUUUGCACUAUAACUACGCUCUCUUACUGUUUUACCAACGUCAGGUCAAAUGUUCAGAGGCUCUUUUGGCAAACAUACUGAAUGUUUAUCCAACCGAUUGUAGAGAAGAUCCUAAAAAGGAGUUUUCAAAAUUUUCUGAACUUCUUAAUUUUAAGCCAUGCUCAGAUCUGGUUCUCUGUCGGAGAGUUAUACUUCUUUGGUUGGAAGUACUUUUAAGGCUGCAUAAAGCUGAACUUGUCUACCAAAUAUGCAGUAAGUUAGAAUACCAAGUUUGGGGUACCCUAACUGUAUAUACACAAUUAUUUAUUGUUAAUUCUCUUGCAGAUGAGCUACUUCCAUCUUUUGAACAAGUUAAGAAAAAAACUGGAGCACAUACCUUACCGUCCAGCAGUUCAAUUAUCUCAGUAACAUGUGAAAUACGCCUUCCGCUCAAACUCCUAAAAAUUCGUUCAUGUCUACUGACAGGUCGGUUAAUUCAAGCCGAAUGGGAAUUAGCCAUUUUAAAUCUGCCAAAGUCAACUAAGUCAAUAGAAUUAAAUACCUUUUCUGGCAGCAAUCCUGAUUCUGUGAACGAAAUACUAACUGAAAAAUCUGAAUUUUCUGCUUCUGAAGAAAGCUCUACUAGCUGUCUAAAUGGGCAGACCAAGGAUGAACUAUCUGAUAAAGAAAGAUUUUUGGACGCUAAAUCUAAGUCCCAGGCUAAUUGGGACACGGGAAACUGCUUGCAUUUUCUUAAUGCCCAAUUAGCAUACCUUAAGGCAUCGCAUCUCUUGGGCGCUAUUCCUCCUUCCUGUCGCUCACCUAUUGAAGCUGGUCAAUGUGAAACAAGCAUGAUUUGGAAUAACCUUGCAUUACUGCAUCACCGUGCUAGUCAAAUUAGCCUCAGUGGGUUGCACUUGCGCAGGGCUAUGUGUGAGACUGACAAAGUUAUCAAUGAAGCAUUGUCUGGAAGCAAUAAUCAAAAAACAGGAAGAUUUAUCGGCUGUUGCAGUCACUGGAAGACGACUUACAACUAUCUUCAUCACGACAUGAGUACACAAAACCUUUUGCACCACAAACAGAAGUUUACCCAGGAUAAGGGAACCUUUUGGGAGGCAAGACUAAGUGAAGUUCAGUGGCAUCAUGAGGUCAGCUCAUAUAAUCACGGGAAAAAUUCAACUAUCAGUUCUCACAUUGUUUUAGGUGACUUAUUAGAUAUUAUGAUCCAGGUUCCCCUGCGCGCCUUUAGUUUGAGUCAACAUCAUGCGCUACUUUAUAACGCUGGAAUCCAACUCUUAUCAAGUGGUCGGGCUUCUGCUGCCUUCAAUGCUUUUCUUGAAUUGACUCAAUUCUAUCCUAGCAACCCUAGACUCUGGUUUCGAUUAGCAGAGAGCUGUAUACACUCUCAUAGGUUUGUUUUUAUGUUAUUUGUCGAGAUUACUCUUUUACCUGCCAUGAGACAUACCUCCCCAUAUCCAUCAUUGCGAUUAGGGGAUUUGUCCUAA